GAGUUGUUUCAGUUUACAGCUGUCUGUGUAUGUGUGUGUGUGUAUGUGGGCUGUUUUUUUUGUGUAUUUACCAUUUUUUCCCAUUCGAUUCUUCAGGACGAUCCUCGGGAAAUUAAACGAGAAAGGGAUUCCGUUCCGUUCCGACCGCCUCCCGUUGUAGAACCGAGAGGAUUAUAAAUGUGAGCUUAGUUAGCUGUUAGAAAACCUAUUAGGAAAACCGACGGAAUAGGUAAAUCCAUUCACAAAUCUCCUUUUUAUAUAUUCGAAAAAGGCAACCGGGCUGUCGCAAGCGUUACGUUAGUUUUUCUUUCUCUGGCCCUCUGCUUUUUUUUCGUUCCUUUCUCGAAAAUUAUUAAUAGGGUUUUAUUUAUAAAAGAAGUGAAAGAAUAAGGCAUAGCCCUCCUCUUUUCUCACAAAACCUGCUCAGCCUUGAGAACGAGCUAGCGUAAGAAAGAUCAUUCUCAUAUUCUCAGUAACACCAACAAGCAUAUUUCAUUACAAAUACAUGCUAAAUUGUAUAAAUAGAACACAGAGAACCCGUAGCCCUCCUUUUUUGAUUGUUUGCCUACUACGCUGGAGAAUAUUCAUGCAUGAAAGACCCAAAAUCUUCAACCGCCCGUUAUUUUAUCCAUGUUCCGAAUUGAUUUGGACUUCGAUUACCCUCGCUAUCUUCAGACCUAAUCGUUUCUUAUGUAGUCUGACUCAUACGACAAGAAUCCACGACGGGAAGUAAUUCAUUUGAUUGCGACUCUUAUUAGUAUCUGUCCAGCUUUUCUUUCCGAUCGUUUGUGUUCUCAUCCAGCUCUUCUUUCGCUCACGCUUGUCUGCUGUAAGUGGUAACAAUGAAUCCAAAUCGCGUUAGUACUUUACGUAACCCUCAGAACUUUGCACGGCAUGUUGGGAGUAGCCACAGCGGAAGGCAGGUGCACAAUUCCCACUGGCAAAGUAACCAUGUCCCAUUCGGCAAAGAUUUCCAACAAGGAUAUGGCCAAGGCGGAAUCAGCAACUUGAGAGAGAAGGCUGGUUACCCAAAGACAAACCUCCCUUCCACACACUUCCAGACUGAGUCUAGUGUCGACAUGCGCCAUCAGAUACUUCUCCCUCAUAGACCCCAGGUAGGAGAAACUGCAGUACAAAUAAUUGGCACUCCUAUGAUAACUCUUAACACUGGAUUGUUGGGCAAUUCUCAGAUGGAAAACCAAGUGCCUGUCGAGUAUGGGCAAAGGCAUGGAGCUGUUCAGCCAGAUAUGAGGCAUAACGCAGUGCAACAUACUCAGCCUAAUUACUUCAGAAAUAACAGCCAGGAAGACGGAAGAAAGAGUGAGAGUCCCAGCAGAAAACGACGCAGACUUGUGCAGAAUUCACAACCACAGAAUGGUAUGGGUGCUCCUGGAAAUGGGUUAGGAAAUGAAUGGCCGAUACCAGCACACCAUCAAAGUCCUUGGGAACCAAGACGGAACCAAAGACAGUCAGUUAGAAAUAAUGUACCAAUAAGGAGACCUAGAUACAGGGAAUGGGUGCCGGAGCCGUUGCCCCCGCCACCACAGCCUCCUCGUAUUCAGCAUCCUCCUCCUGGUCCAUUUGGCCAUCCUAGUACGUCCCACCCACCACCUAUUAUGAUGGAUUUUACACAGGUUCCAGUAUCUCUACCUCUUCCUAUAUACUCAAGCGGCCCGACACCACCCACCCAUCUUCAACCUUGUCAGGUACAUAGCAUUUACUGCACAACACCAACUCAUACCUGCCAGGUCAAUUCAUUUGGAACGUGCAUUACUCAUCAUCCCCAUUCUCAGCAUCACCAUCCACACCAUCACCUCCACAACAGUACAAGUAUUAUGGCCAGUUUGUUGGGUGCUGGCCCAGCAGCUGCAGCACAACCUCAGCCUGCAGCUGCAACUGUCCCUCAGGUAGCUCCAAGUGCCCCUUUGCCACCGCUAGCUCAUGUACAUUAUCAACCUCCGCCCCCUGCGUCUGCACCACCAAACUUCCAGGAUCACCAUCACCAUCAUCAUCACCACCAUCAUCACCACCAUAGAGGGCCAGCGACUGCAUCUGCAGCAACACUCGUUCCUCCACCUGUACAUAUGCCUAGUUUCUUCAUGCCAGAGGUACCUAGAAGAACUAACCCUAGGAGGUUGAGAAAUACUCCUCAGCCCUCACCAAGGACCAUUCCAGGCUGGCUUUAUGUUUUUGCUCUCUUUGGAAAUCGACAUUUGUCGACACUUACUCAGGAAUUUGAUAGGGCAGACAGCCUUCUCCCAGAAAAUUAUGAAGAGCUUUUGAGUUUGGCAGAAAGAAUUGGAGAAGCAAAGCCUAGAGGUCUGAACAAAAUGGAAAUUGAUCAGCUUCCUUCUUUUAAAUUCAAUACAGAAAACCACGAAGGAGAUCAGACAUCAUGUGUUGUUUGUAUGUGUGAUUUUGAAUCAAAGCAGAUACUGCGAGGCCUCCCUUGUUCACACCAGUUUCAUGCAAAAUGUGUUGACAAGUGGCUAAAGACGAAUCGCACAUGUCCUAUAUGUAGAGGAGAUGCGUCACCGACUUACAUUAAUUCAAAUGAGUAACACAUCUCUUUAAACCUUUCCUUAGCUCCAACUGUGCUGUUUGCUGGAUUUUUAACACAAUUGUUCUGGGAUUUGUUAUCAGGGGAUUCUAUUUUAUGUCACAUUGUAUUACUUAAUACUAUUGUUGUAUUUCAUAGAUUUUAAUGUGCUUUAAUAUUUUUAGAGAGGUCGAGUUACACAUUUAAUACAAUUGAAAACUCUUAAACAAUUUUUAUAUUGUAAUUUUAAAGAAGACAAUUUUUAUUUGUUAAUUUUAAGACGUUCAAGCUUUUUGAAAAUCUUACUAAAAUUGUUGAUCUGAUGCUUAAAAAAAAGUCCUUGAUGGUAGCCACUUGGUAAUUGGUAUAAAAAUAAUCUCAGUUUGUUAUUUUCAUUCAACAUUUAUGUUUAAUGUCUUUUAAUAUGGAUACCACCAAAUGCUUAUUGUUUAUAGUGAUAAAACUUAGAUUUAGACUUGAGAUAACACGAUUUGGCUAAGAUAGAUCUACAAAAUAGUGCUUUCUUCCACCUGGAUUCCGUUACACUCUUGUUUAAUCUGUUUCUUUUCACUCUUUGUUUUUACUUUGAAUUGGGAACCUAACAUUUGUUAAUGAUCUCCAAAUUUAAUUAGACUUUUAAUCUUAUAUAUAGUUACCAAUGAAUGGUCCAGAGUGCCUAAUUGAGAAUAAAGUUUUGUUGGCAUUUUUCAUUUUCAGUUUCUUUUCAGCAUUUGAAUGCACAUCAUGAUUUACAUUAGUUUCAUUAAGCCAAGAGAGAAAUUAGUUAUUUUAGUGAUAUUUGUUGUUAGUAGUUCUGAUUUUGACAAUAGUGGACUUACACUAGAAAAGAUUUUUUUAAUUUUGUUUAGGGAUAGUGAUUUUUUUUGUUAGAUUUUAUUUGUAGGCUAGUUAAAAUAAGGUGGUUUUUAAUAUUGGAAAGUGUUAAAAUUUAAGAAAUAUUUUAAACACAAAUUGAUUAUAAUUGUUAAAUGAUGUAAUUGUUUUGGAAAAAAAAAAAAAAGAAAUGGCUUCAUAAACUGUUUUCUUGUGUAUUAACAACUUUUCAGUUAUUAAAAAAGUGUUAUCAAAAUGCUCAUGGAUUGGGUGUGACAUUUUCCAUUUAUAAUUAUAUAAUUUUUCUUUUGUGUAUAGGAAAGGAAAGACAAAUGUUUUAGUAGUGGCAAAUGCAUACAUGACAUAGACUGAUUUUCAUUUAUUUAGAAUUUAGGUUUAGUUAAUAUUUAUUUUGAGAUUUGUUCGUGAAGAGUUCGUUUGACUUCCAAAAUUUUCUAAAAGCAGUACUUAUAUUUUUUAUUUGAAGCAAACAAAUGCAAAAGAAAUUUAUAUUAUAUUAUUACCAGGUAAUAGGGACAGAAUUAAAGAGCAGAAUAUUUAACUGUUAGUGCUGUGUAAUCCAAUAUCUGCCACAUAAUAUAUAAUAAUUAAAUAAAAAGAAGUAAUAAUAAUUAAGUAAAUGCUUUUGAGUGUCUUGUGCUCUUCGGUGUCACCUGUAGAUUUGUUGCAUUUCAUAAGAGAACAAGCUGUGGCACUCCCCCUCCAAAAAAUAAAAGAAGAAAAGUAUCCAAUAUAGAAAUUAGAACACUUGCCACAUAUAAAGAGAUAAAUCAAAUUUUAUUGUAGAUUGUAAAUGAAAAUAUAUUUUAAAUACGUGGAUACCUUCGUAAUCCUUAUGCGUUUUUUGGCAUGUUGCCACAUGUCUUGUGUGUUGAUGGCAAUGUUUGUAGAAAAGUGUUGCUUUAGGAAUGAAUUAUAAAUAAAUAUUAAAACAUUUAUCAUUUUUACAACAAAGGUUUAUAUUAAUAUUGUAUAUUGGUAAUUUUUAAUUAGCAAGCUUUAAUAAUAAUAAUAAAUACUUUUCUAAUUGCCUUAUUGAUUCAUCAGAUGGGAGGGGAACACUUCCUCUAAUAUACACCAAUAUGAAUGUUCUUGUUUUUGUGGAAAUAUUUGUCAUUUCUGACUUAAUUCAGUUAUUAAAGAGAGGCACUAGUUUUGUGUAUUUGCAUUGAUGGAAAAUCCGGUAUGCCUUUUUGGCAAUAAGGUACGUAAUUUGGGAUUGUUGUCAUGUGUUAGCCUAAUAAAAUAAACAAACAAAAACAGCAGUGCUGUGUUUUAAACCUCGUAUUUCCGAUGUGUUUUUUUGUUGUUGUUAUGUUAUAAGGAGAAAUAAUUGUUUGUUUUGAUAAUCAAUUUAAAAGUUACCAUUCUAAGUGUAGCUACUGUUGUUACCACCACUUAUGCUUCAGCACCAUAUAUCAUACUAAAUUUAAAUACGAGGUUUAACUUGAUUCAAAGUUCUGUGCCAAUAUGAAAUUUCAUUCAUUUCUUAACACUGAUCUGGCCAUGGUUUAUGUAACAAAAAAUAAAUUUAAUUUUUAAGACAAACAGAAAAAUCUGUUUAGAACUGAAAAAAAAAAAAAACUAUAGUUUGUAAUGUUAGUGUUUAGGGAUUUUCAUUUUCUCUACCAAAAGACAACAGGGUGUUGCUUCAUCUGCUAUAAAAUGCUCAAUUAUUGAAAAAAAAGAAAAAAAAUUGUAAGUGAAAAUUAUAUGUUAGUUUAACUUUUAAGCAUUGAAUUUUUGUAGGUGCACUAUUUGAAUCAAUAUAGUUUUAAUAAACCACUAAUGAAUAUAGGAUAAUUAAGUUUUUUCUUCUACCUUUUUUAAAAACAAAUUUUGAUUUUAGGAACUCAAUACAAAAAGUUGAUAUAUAUUCUUUUAAACAUCUCAUGAUUUUUCAUGUUGGCUAAUUUUAAUGUUCUAUGUUAAUCUGGCUGAUAAUGUUCUGUCUUAUUUAAUCAAUAUAAUCUUAUGCACACUGAAAUUUUUUUUAAGGGAAUGUUUAGAAUGUUACCGUUUAUGAGGAAUGUACUUCUAUAAACAAAAAAUCAAAUUAAUAGAAUGUAAUAAAUAUUUGUCUCGUCCAAAGCAAUAAAUAUAGGCUCAAAUCUUGUUGAAAAAUUAAUAGUUAUUGAAUUGUAUUCACAUGUUCUUGAUUAAAUUUACAGUCUGAAUCUGUUUUGAAUUGUCUCUCAAUACUUAAAAAAAAACGUUAAUCACAUAAAUGACAAUCACAUGGUUGAAUAAUUCUUAGUGCCACUCUGCUUGGAAUUAUUAUUUCACACUAGUCUCAUAAACUAUAUAUAUUUAAAAAAACCUUAUAAAAAAAAGCACUUAAUAUGUGAAUUAACUCAGCCGAUUUAAAAGAAACAAUAUUGUUGGUUAAAGAAAUUAAAAUGUAAAUUGGGGGCUUUUUGUUUUUAUUUUAUUAUUAUUUAAAAAGAAUAUAAACAUAAGAAUUUAAUAUAAAAUAAAAAUAUCAAGCUAUAGUACAAAUGUAAAUGCCUUUAUGAAUACUGUAAUAGUAUUAGUUGCUUGUGAAACCAUUUAUUUGCUUUUAAAGUCAGAUUUAGACUUCAUUUAUUAGAACCGAUUUUUUUUCUCACAAUUUUUGUGUAUCAAUUGUUUUAACUGUAUCUGUAAGUGUGGUCUCUUGUAUUCUCGAUUGUGAAAUAAAAAUUCAUUGAAUGUUUGGUAAACACAGCAUUGUGAGGUGGGCCUGUACGAGCUCUACAAUAGCAAUAUAUAUAUUCACCGUUAGAUCUUUAAUAGCUAAUAGGUGUUAGAAUGCUUAUAUUUAUGAAAGAAAUUAACAAAUAAAUCCUUAAAAGUGGCUUGUUUUAA